ACCAAACAUUCAUUCACAUACUGAUUUCUCAUAUUCUGUCCGAGAGUGAUAACAGAAUGUGAAAGAAGAGAAGUUGCAGUGUUGCAGUUUAUUGAAAUAUUAUAAAAAAAUAAAUAUAUAAAGCAUGCAUCUCAAGGUUGCAAUUCUCAGCUUAUUGGUGACAACAUCAGCGUUUCCACUUCAACGUGACGCCGCAAACAGGGAGGCGACAUGGAACGAUCCAAAGGCAAACCAGGCUAGUGACAAGAUCAAACUCAAAAAGGAAGUGACUAAUGUCUACAAGAGCCACAUAGACAGCAACGACCUCUACAGCCAAGACGAACAUCACAACCAAAGCACUGUGAUCGAAGAGAUGCAGCACAAACUCAACAUAGAGUCAGAGCGUCUGCGCGCCCGUCUGAACCAAGAGUUGUCUGAGCUGCGGGAGAGGCUGCCGCUGUAUCCGUCCCAUCUGAGCUCCAUGCUUUCCAGCAUGAGCGCACGUUUGGCCCCGCUCACACAGCACCUCCACAGCAGCCUCAGCAGCAACACCAAAGAUCUGUGUGGUCAGCUGGGCCUCCAUCUGCAGAGCCUAGAGCCAACAGAGGUGAAGAAGAGUCCAGCUGCCUACCAGGAGGCCUUAAACUGGAUGAGCCAAACUCUGGAGCAUAGCAGCUCUAAGAUGGCCAACAUCAUCAGUGACUUCCACACUCAAACCACGGCGGUGAUUGAUCAUUUCAAAGAGGCUGAUACUCGUCAGGGUGAGGUCAUUAAAUCGGAGAUCUGGCAAGAAAUUAACUCCAGGUUGGGAGAGUUAGUGAGUUCCCUGAGAAGUGACACACAGAACAAGGUGGGAACUCUCAAAGAGGAACUCACUGCUUUCCUGGGAACCACACAGGCUGUUCAGGCUGACGUGGCCGGAAGCGUAGAGCGCUUCUGCCAAAACUCUGCUCUGCAGCACCAAAUCUUUCAGGCCUGGAUGGAAAGGCUGUUUGUGGGGCUGGCAGAAGACCACAGAUCAUCCAGCCUGGCUUCUCCUCCCUCUUACAUGCAGUCUUUGAAGGACUUCGCAGCUCAACUCUCAGCCCUCAUCCAGGACAUUCAGCACUCUGUGCAGUGACAAAGGCACUUGUACAGUAGAUUUUAUGUCAUGAUCCUCCAUAAAUCUCUUUUUAAAAUGUUUAGUUUGAACAUUAUCUUUCC